CAGUAGCAGCGGCUGUGUGAUAGUCCGUCAGCAGCAGCCAGCGGAGCGCAGCGGAGCUCAGCGUCCGUUUCCAGUUUUCUUAAAUCAGACCCCUCCAGCCUCGACAUACCGCCCCCAAUUUCAGCCUCGGUACGGAGCCGCCAGGCCGGGACAGAGACGGAGAGAGAGGCCUCGGCCAUGGAAGCUCUCGGACCAGGCCCGCCUGCCCCCGCCUCUCUCUUCCAGCCUCCGCGGCGUCCCGGCCUCGGCACGGUGGGGAAACCCAUCCGGCUCCUCGCCAACCACUUCCAGGUGCAGAUCCCCAAGAUUGACGUCUAUCACUACGACAUCGAGAUCAAGCCGGAGAAACGGCCCCGCCGGGUCAACAGGGAGGUGGUGGACACCAUGGUGCGGCACUUCAAGAUGCAGAUCUUUGGAGACCGGCAGCCGGGCUACGACGGGAAGAGGAACAUGUACACGGCUCAUCCGCUGCCUAUCGGACGGGACCGGGUGGGUUUCUGGUCCCUGGACUCUGGUUCUGGUUCUGCUGAGUUCUUAACGUUCUGCCGGGUCUCUGCUCAGGUGGACCUGGAGGUGACGCUGCCAGGAGAGGGGAAGGAUCAGACCUUCAAGGUGUCGCUGCAGUGGGUGUCUGUGGUCAGUCUGCAGAUGCUGCUGGAAGCUCUGUCGGGUCACCUGAACGAGGUUCCGGAGGAUUCUGUUCAGGCUCUGGACGUCAUCACGCGCCACCUGCCCUCCAUGAGGUACACUCCUGUGGGACGCUCCUUCUUCUCUCCUCCUGAGGGCUACUACCACCCCCUGGGUGGAGGCAGGGAGGUGUGGUUCGGCUUCCACCAGUCCGUCCGACCCGCCAUGUGGAACAUGAUGCUCAACAUCGACGUGUCGGCCACCGCUUUUUACCGCGCCCAGCCCGUCAUCGAGUUCAUGUGCGAGGUGCUGGACAUCCAGAACAUCAACGAGCAGACCAAGCCGCUCACGGACUCACAGAGGGUCAAGUUCACCAAGGAGAUACGAGGUCUGAAGGUGGAGGUCACCCACUGCGGGCAGAUGAAGAGGAAGUACCGCGUUUGCAACGUGACGCGCCGACCGGCCAGCCACCAAACGUUCCCGCUGCAGCUGGAGAACGGCCAGGCCAUGGAGUGCACCGUGGCGCAGUACUUCAAACAGAAGUACAGCCUGCAGCUCAAGUACCCCCACCUGCCCUGCCUGCAGGUGGGACAGGAACAGAAGCACACCUACCUUCCUCUGGAGGUCUGUAACAUCGUGGCGGGUCAGCGCUGCAUCAAGAAGCUCACAGACAACCAGACGUCCACCAUGAUCAAAGCCACGGCUCGCUCAGCCCCCGACAGGCAGGAGGAGAUCAGCCGCCUGGUCAAAAGCAACAGCAUGGUCGGGGGCCCGGACCCCUACCUGAAGGAGUUCGGCAUCGUCGUGCACAACGACAUGACGGAGGUGACGGGGCGUGUCCUCCCUGCGCCCAUGCUGCAGUAUGGGGGCCGGGUGAGUACAGACACAGGGAGGGACUGUGGCAGGGGACUCUCUCCGCAGAAUAAGACGGUGGCCACGCCCAACCAGGGCGUGUGGGACAUGAGAGGGAAGCAGUUCUACGCCGGCAUCGAGAUCAAGGUGUGGGCCGUGGCCUGCUUCGCUCCGCAGAAACAGUGCCGGGAGGACCUGCUCAAGAGCUUCACCGACCAGCUGAGGAAGAUCUCAAAGGAUGCUGGGAUGCCCAUCCAGGGUCAGCCAUGUUUCUGUAAAUACGCCCAGGGCGCCGACAGCGUGGAGCCCAUGUUCAAACACCUCAAGAUGUCCUACGUGGGUCUGCAGCUGAUCGUCGUCAUCCUCCCUGGAAAAACGCCCGUCUACGCUGAGGUGAAGCGUGUGGGAGACACUCUCCUCGGCAUGGCCACGCAGUGCGUCCAGGUGAAGAACGUGGUGAAGACGUCCCCCCAGACUCUGUCCAACCUCUGCCUGAAGAUCAACGCCAAGCUGGGAGGCAUCAACAACGUCCUGGUUCCUCAUCAGAGGCCCUCCGUCUUCCAGCAGCCCGUCAUCUUCCUCGGCGCCGACGUCACUCAUCCUCCUGCAGGCGACGGAAAGAAGCCGUCCAUCGCGGCGGUGGUGGGAAGCAUGGACGGUCAUCCCAGCCGCUACUGUGCGACGGUUCGGGUCCAAACGUCCCGGCAGGACAUGUCCCAGGAGCAGCUCUUCAGUCAGGAAGUGAUCCAGGACCUGACCAACAUGGUGCGGGAGCUCCUAAUCCAGUUCUACAAGUCGACGCGCUUCAAGCCCACGCGGAUCAUCUAUUACCGCGGCGGCGUGUCUGAGGGGCAGAUGAAGCAGGUGGCGUGGCCCGAGCUGAUCGCCAUCAGGAAGGCCUGCAUCAGUCUGGAGGAGGACUACCGGCCCGGGAUCACCUACAUCGUGGUCCAGAAGCGCCACCACACCCGCCUGUUCUGCUCUGACAAAGCUGAGAGGGUCGGGAAGAGCGGGAACGUUCCGGCAGGAACCACGGUGGACAGCACCAUCACUCACCCGUCCGAGUUCGACUUCUAUCUGUGCAGCCACGCCGGCAUUCAGGGAACCAGCCGCCCCUCCCACUACCACGUCCUCUGGGACGAUAACUGCUUCACGGCCGACGAACUGCAGCUCCUCACCUACCAGCUGUGCCACACCUACGUCCGCUGCACGCGCUCCGUCUCCAUCCCUGCCCCCGCCUACUACGCCCGGCUGGUGGCCUUCAGGGCCCGCUACCACCUGGUGGACAAGGACCACGACAGUGCUGAAGGCAGCCAUGUGUCGGGUCAGAGUAACGGCCGGGACCCCCAGGCGCUGGCGAAGGCCGUCCAGAUCCACUAUGACACGCAGCACACCAUGUACUUCGCCUGAACGUCUCUCCUCUUCCCGUGGAUCUUCUUCGCUCUCCUCUCUUCUUCAUCUCUUUAUUUUCUGCACCAAAGCGGCUCGGCCGAUGGAGGGGGGGGGUGCCGGCCGAGCCGCCUGUUCUCAACCAGCAAUCUAGCACUGCGGGCCCCGCAGGGGCCCCGAUGCACAACUGAAAAAA